AUGGAAAUCGACUAUUUGAUUACAAUAAAAGUGCUAAGUAUGAUUGUAAUGUUUUUGAUGAUUAUUAUAAUGGGAAAUAUUCCUUUAAGAUCAACAGCUUUCAAAGGAAAUUAAUUAUUAUUAGAAUUAACAGGAGCAUUUUCAGGAGGAUUAUUUUUAUCAGUGGGAAUAAUUCAUUUAUUACCUGAGUCUAUGAAAUAAUUUCAUCUAUUCUAUAAAUCCUAAGAAUUAGAAUCAUUUGAAGAAUUUCCUUAUGCUUGUUUAAUCACAGUCCUAAGUUUUGCUUUGAUUUUGUAUAUUGAAAAAAUAGCAUUUAUUCAUGAUCAUACUAUUGAUGAAAAUCAUUCUAAUUAAGUUACUGUAAUAAACUAGCAAGAAGUAUUUGGAGAAUAGGAUUGUCCUGAAACAAACAAGCAAUAAAUAACAUCAUCUUAGAAUUAAGAACUUGAUGAAGCAACUAUAAAUUCUUUAACUCCUUAUAUAUUAUAAUUUGCGAUUGGUAAAUAUAAAUUGUAAUGAGGAAUUCAUGCAUUUUUUGAAGGUUUGGCAAUUGGAAUAGAAUAAUAAGUACCUUAAUGUUUAGGUAUUUCUAUUGCAGUGAUUUGUCAUAAAUGGGCUGAAGGUUUAACUUUGGGUUUAUCUUUCAAAAAAGCAAGUAUAUCAGCAUAUAUGAUUAUCAUAGAUACAAAUUUAUAAAGUGCAACAAUAAUGAUUUUCAUUUAAGGAAUCAUUAAUCCUUUUGGUAUACUUAUAGGAUGGCUCUUAUCAAAUCAAGGAUUUAUCAUAACUGGAAUAUUUUAGUCAAUAUCUGCAGGAACAUUCAUUUAUAUAGCUACAAUGGAAGUGAUUUAAGAACAAUUCAAUAAGAAAUCAAAUUCUUAUUAAAAAAUGAUGAUGUUCCUAUUUGCAAUAGGAUUCAUUAGUUCAAUAUGGAAGAUAGAAAAAUUAAGUUAUUGA